GCCAGUCGGCGGGCUUGGGCCGCACUGCCUCCCAUCUGUCGGGCGUUAUCAGUCGGGUUAUCUUUCGGCUGGUUAUUUCUUUUUACCGUGGGUUCUCUAACUCAGCCUGGGUCGCUCUCUCCGAAACGAGAAGCUCGUCGCCCGAUAGGCGCGGAGAAGGAGAGAAGGGAGAUGCCUUGGAGCGGAUUCUGGAACCCCCGCUGACAGCAGUACCUGCUGCCGAUUCGAUUUCUCGGGCGCGUUUCCGCAGAUACCUUUCAGGCAAGAACGAAAGAAAGAGAGAAACAAAGAAAGGGGCACUUUCCAUCUCUCCCUUUCCCCUUUCUGUUUGCGCUUUUAUUGGUCUUCGUUCUUUGUUGUCCGCUGUUCUUUUGUCUUUCUUCCCCACGAACCGUGCGAUCUCUCUCCUCUUUGCCGUCUCUUCUGACAACGCAUACUCGCGAUCCAUGAUCAAUUGCAGAUAGUCUGCAAAUAAACACUAGAUGCUGGUGAUCUCCUCGACUUGUCGAAGUACUAAGAAUUGAGAUCUUUUUCUUGUCUCCCUCCCCCCCUCUCGAAAAAGAUCCCCAUCUCCCUCGACAAAUAUUAAACCGAUUCCAGACCCUGGCCUUCCUUCUCCAUCACGAUCAAGCGAAAAAACGCGUCUUGAAUGAUUUCCUGUAUUGAUAUCGAUGACAUGUUCUUUUACUAAGAUGAUUUCGUUGAUUUCAUGAAGCCUAGGAAUUGACUCAGGGAAGGGAAGCUCUGCAGGAAAUGGCAGAAUUUUCGCAAUUGAGGAGGAGGAGGUCUGGCCAUUCAGCAAAUUAUAUAAUGUCGUGGAAUUAUUGAUUUAGAACUGAUUGUUUAUGUGGCGUCUAUGCCUCAUUGCUGACAAGUUGUUGAAGAUGAUCAAAGGAGGAGGCCAAGAGGAAGGAGGCCUCUUCUCUUCUAAAGAUCUAAUUCCUCUUAACCGUCGUUCUCACUCUGUGGAUGUUCCUCAUGUUCGGCAGCUAUUCAAUUGGGAUUGUGGCCUUGCCUGUGUUUUAAUGGUUUUAAAGACUCUGGGAAUCGACCAUUACAACAUUCAUGAUCUCGAGAAGCUUUGCUGUACGACAAGUAUUUGGACUGUCGAUCUGGCAUACUUGCUGCAUAAGUUUUCAGUUAGUUUUUCUUUCUUGACUGUCACUUUAGGAGUAAAUCCAGAAUUUUCAGCAGAAUCCUUCUACAGGGAGCAACUGCAAGAUGAUGUAGGAAGAGUGGACGGACUAUUUAAAAAAGCACUUGAAGCUGGGAUUAGCAUACAAGUAUAUGUUCUUCACGUUACUGCUUGCUACCUUGUUUCAGUGAUGGGUCUAUUUUUAAGGUGCAGAUCCAUCAGUGGAAAAGAUAUUUCUGUCCUAAUAUUAUCUGGCCAAUGCAUUGCUGUUGCUUUAGUUGACAAGAUGAAGUUACGUCGGACUUGGCUGAAAGAUGUACACGUGCCAGAAUGGUAUGGUCGAAACUCCGAUUAUAUGGGGCACUAUGUUAUAAUAUGUGGUUAUGAUGCAGAUACUGAUGAAUUUGAAAUAAGAGAUCCUGCCAGUUCUAGGAAGUCUGAAAGAGUUCCUAUGCAGUUCCUCGAUGAAGCACGCAAAUCCUUCGGCACCGAUGAGGAUAUUCUUCUGUGUAUAAAAGGAUGAUAGACAAUAUUCAGCUAGAAAUAACAAGCUAUUACCCUAGUUUGAGGGAUGAAGCUGACUAGGGGGCUUGCUGGCAAACAUGCACAGUGCACUCUUGGUUGAUCCUGCACAUGUGUUCACUAACCCCCCUGUGAGUUCGAAUGAUCAGUUAUGCAGACAGAAUGUGAUUUUUUGGGGCUUUUGUUGUCGAGUGCAGGUCUCCUUAAAUGGGAAAGACGGUAACAAGUUCUCUCGUCCAAGCUCCUGAUAUAACCACAUUUUAUUAUUGUCAUUCUUUGCAGGAUCAGUUGGGUUGUUUCCAAGUGUCGUUUCUCUUUCUUUCAUGUAUCAUUUGUAUAUGAUCUUCUUAUCCGGUCAUUGUAAGAUGAUAGCAAAGCAUAUAUGAAGUCCAAUGGAAAAAAAAGGGGGGUUAUUCUGUA